GCAGAAGGCGAGAGGAAGGAGGAACGUCUUCUUUGGACUCAGCCCUUCCGCGGAUCUGGUCGGUUGUCCGUUGGGCUGUUUCUAGCUCCUCGUCUUUUUGCGAAGUCGCUUUCACAACGGCUGCAGGCAUGGUGCUCAACCCGGUCAUUAAAAAACUGGUCGACAAAAGAGUAGUACUGGCAAGCAGCUCUCCGCGCAGGCAGGAGAUCUUAACUAACGCGGGUCUCCGUUUUGAAGUUGUUCCGUCAUGGUUCAAAGAAACACUUGAGAAGUCAACCUUUUUAGCCCCAUAUCAAUAUGCUGUAGAAACUGCAAAACAGAAGGCACUUGAAGUGGCAAAUAGAAUGCAUGUGAAACAUCUUCAAACUCCAGAUAUUGUUAUCGGAGCAGACACUAUAGUGACUAUAGAAGAACAAAUUUUGGAGAAACCAGUGGACAAGCAGGAUGCAUAUAAGAUGCUUUCUAGGUUAAGUGGCAAAGAGCAUAGUGUUGUUACAGGUGUUGCAAUUGUUCACUGCAGUAGUAAAGAUGAUUAUCUAGACACUGAAGUCACUGAGUUCUUUGAAGAAACAAAAGUCAAAUUUGCUGAACUCUCUGAGGAACUUCUGUGGGAGUAUAUCCACAGCGGUGAGCCAAUGGACAAAGCUGGUGGAUAUGGGAUCCAAGCUCUCGGGGGAAUGUUGGUGGAAUACGUUCAUGGAGAUUUCCUGAAUGUGGUUGGGUUUCCUUUAAAUCAUUUUUGUAAACAGUUAGCUGAACUGUAUUAUCCACCCCCAAAGCACACCAUCCAUCAUAUAAAAUAUGACUCUAUUCCUUCAGUGGAGACUUUUGAGAUUCUAAGUGACGGAGAUUGUGAUCCUUCAGAUAAUACAAAAAUGGAAAAUGCCAAAAGGCUAACAAAUGGUGGACUUGUGGAAUUGGGAAAAUGCAAAGAAAGCAAUUGCAGUUAUAAGAUACCUAUGGAAAUUCAAAAUAGAGUACCAAGAAAUGUAACACAGUGCCUCUCAAAACUUACACAUCUUCUGGAUGGUUUUAAAGCCUCAAAGGUUUUGUUUGUGGCAUGUAAGCUGAAAGUAUUUGAUCUUCUUAAAGAUAGGGACACUCUGACCACAGAAGAUGCGGCAAAUCAACUUAAUACUUCCCUACGUGGAACAGAAAGAUUAUUUGAUGCUUGUGCAUCUCUUGGUCUGUUGGAAAAGAAUAAUCAAGGUUACAGUAAUGCAGAAUUGACAAAUCUAUGCCUGGUAUCCAAUAGUGAAUAUUCACUUUAUGACUACAUUCUUCAUUGUAAUGACCACCUGUGGCCUUUGUUUACACAUUUGGAGCUAGCAGUUAAAGAAGGAACUUCACAGAUCCAUCAUAUAUUUGGGAAGAAAGUGAAUGAUUUGUUUCAGGAUUUCCACUGUCAAUCUACAGAACUGAAGCAAUGUUUUGUGAGAGCCAUGCACAGCAGUUCCAAAGUGACAGCAAGAGACAUAAGCACAGCUUUUGAUCUUUCACAAUUCAAAGUUGUAUGUGAUUUGGGAGGUUGCACUGGAGCUUUAGGUGAUGAUCUAGUCCAGAUCUACCCAGAAAUGCAAGUCAUUGUCCUUGAUCUUCCUGAAGUUAUUACAGAUGUCACCAGCUGUCAACUUUCAAGACAAAAUGCUUGUGAAGUAUCCUUUGUAUCAGGUGAUAUUUUCAAAGAUAAUCUUCCAGAAGCAGACCUUUAUAUUCUUUCAAGGGUUUUACAUCAUUGCUCUGAGGAAAAGAUUUCUCUACUAUUAAACAAACUCUCUGCUGUUUCAAAGCAAGGAGUUGCAUUGCUAAUAGCAGAGAUUUUGCUUGAUGAAAAGCGAAUAAACCCUGCUAGAGCUGUUUUCCAGUCUCUCAGUAUGACAGAAGGCAAGGAAAGGAGUACCUUGGAAUACAAACAGUUAUUGGAAGAACAUGGAUUUAGUAAUGUGCAGAUUAAAAUAACGGGAAAUCUGCUAGAUGUAAUUUUGUGCUCUAAGAAACUAUCUUCCCAGUAUACUAAAUAGUACGGAAUUUAUUAUUUCAGCUUUCCAGAAUACUGUUUCUAUUUCUGAUUUUGGUGUCUGAAUUGUUACAGUAGUAAAUUGUAUGUAAAAGCUAUUCCACUUUUUAUUGUAAAAACUGCACUAAAUGCUUUCUUUUCUUCCUGAAAAGUCCUGGGUUUUUUGUAAUUAAUAGCAACUGAUAGCAUUAAAUCAUUCCCCCCCAAUACAUGUUUGGCUUCUAAUGUAAUCCAACAGCUUUUCUAUGCAUCAUGAGCUAAACAGAUUUUAAUAGGGCAGCAUCAAUUCUAUAGUCCAAUGGCUCUAUUUUGUAAUAGGAAAAACCAAAGAAAUAUUACAAGAAAACAUAAAAGGAAUCUAUUCCAGGUCUCACUUACACACACACAGACAUACAGACCCCCCCCCCACACACAGAUCAAGAUCUCUGCAAUGUAGUCCAGAUUAGAAGCACAUUAAGGGCCAAGUCAUGUUUUAAUGAUGGUUGUCCAAUAUUCAGCUACCCCUCCUGUCUCCCAAGAUUAUUCCCUGCAUACCAUCACACAUGCAUUUUAAUUACUACUUUCUCUUCUCUUUGAUAUCUUUGAGCUAAUCAGAGAUGCUGGUGAAUUUUCUUUAGCUACAUUGUGGAAGUGGUUUGCCAUUACCUUCUUCUGGGAUGCUUGUCAAUCCUUCAAGGUAGUCCAGACAGUAAAUUAAACAAUCACUCUGUUUCUCUCUCCAU